AUGCAUGUAAUGGGCCCAUUCCUUGGACAAGGUGGCUCGCCAGCUUUAGAAGAUGCCAUUGUCCUCGCCAGAUGUUUGGGACAAAAAAUAAGAGCUGAAGACUUGUCUAACUGUGGUAGGCAGAUACUGAUAGACAAAGCUGGAGAAGCAAUCGAUCAAUAUGUGAAGGAAAGGAGAAAACGGCUGGUGGCAGUGUCAACACGAACAUAUGUUACUGGCCUUCUAUUGCAAACACAAUCGCAGCUGGAGAAAUUCACUGCAACUAUGUUGUUGGUCAUUCUGUUCAGAGACCCAAUCGGUCACACUAAAUAUGACUGCGGGUGUGGGUUGGAUAUGGAUAUGGAUUCAAUGGAAGAAACUCAUGAUAUUGUGAUAGUUGGAGGUGGGAUCUGCGGCCUUGCCACUGCUCUUGCUCUUCACAGAAAAGGGUUGAGAAGCAUAAUUUUGGAAAAAUCUGAAACGUUGCGAGAUACAGGAGCAGCUAUUGGCAUCAGAGCUAAUGGCUGGCGAGCACUUGAUCAGCUUGGCGUUGCCUCAGAGCUUAGACAGAGGGCCAAUCCUAUUCACAGAAUGCGAGAUGUAUGGAUUGAUGUUGGAAAGCAACAAGAAAUACUUGAGAUUGGUGAGUGUCGUUGCGUAAAGAGGAAUGAUCUUAUCAAAGUCCUGGCCGACGCUUUGCCACCCAGAACAGUGCGUUUUGGAAGCCAGAUUGUCUCGGUAAAUGCAGACCAGGAAAACUCAUAUCCAACUCUUCAACUUUAUGGAGAUAAAUCAAUUCAAGCUAAGGUUCUGAUUGGAUGCGAUGGAUCCAGGUCGACUGUGGCUGAUUUCCUCGGGCUCAAAAGCACAAAAAAAUUUGCUAUUCUUUCGGUUAGAGGUUUAACUAGUUAUCCAAAUGGUCAUGCAUUUGAUUAUGAGCUUACUCGCAUGAGGAGGGGAAACAUCUUGGUAGGACGAGUUCCAAUUACUGAUAAGUUGGUAUUUUGGUUCGUUGCUCUACCACGGACUCCAUCAGAUGAAAAAUUGACUGAUGAUCCAGAAGUGAUCAAACGAUUAACCUCAAGUAAAUUGAGUGGUUUCUCAAGUGAUGUAGUAGAAAUGAUAGAAGGGGCUGAGUUGGAUUCGGUGACUCUGACUCGCUUGAGGCAUCGUGCACCAUGGGACCUACUACUGACGACAUUCAGGAAUAGGACGGUGACAGUGGCUGGAGAUGCAAUGCAUGUAAUGGGUCCAUUCCUAGGACAAGGUGGUUCAGCAGCUCUAGAAGAUGCUGUUGUCCUCGCCAGGUGCUUGGCACAGAAAGUAAGCGCUGAAGACUUAUCCAUCUGCAGUAAGAAAAUACUGAUAAACAAAGCUGGAGAAGCAAUCGAUCUAUACGUGAAGGAAAGGAGGAAACGGCUGGUGGCAUUGUCAACACGAACAUAUAUUACUGGCCUUCUACUGGAAACAAGAUCAAAGCUAGUGAAAUUCAUUGUGAUCAUGUUGUUGGUCAUUCUGUUUAGUGACCCAGUUGGUCACACCAAAUAUGACUGUGGUAAACUAUAG